CAUCCGCCGUCGCUUCUCCUCCCGGUCCCUCCAGCCGGCUUCGCCUCAGCCUGCGCUGCGCCCUUCCGGCGUGGGGCGUCGCCGCGUCGCUCCGCUUCCGCACGGCAACCCCGGCGUUCUGGCGGGGCGGCGCCGCCGGCGGAGCCUCGGCGAUGGCUGCCUCGGCGUUUUGUUGCCUGCGGUGCUGCAGGGACGGAGGGACGGGGCACGUCCCUCUGAAGGAGAUGCCGGCCGUGCAGCUGGACACGCAGCACAUGGGAACAGAUGUUGUCAUCGUAAAAAAUGGGAGGAGAAUAUGUGGAACCGGAGGUUGUUUAGCCAGUGCACCUUUACAUCAAAACAAGAGCUACUUUGAAUUCAAAAUUCAGUCCACAGGAAUCUGGGGUAUUGGUGUUGCAACUCAGAAAGUUAACUUGAAUCAGAUUCCUCUUGGCCGAGAUGUGCACAGUUUGGUGAUGAGAAAUGAUGGAGCCUUGUACCACAACAACGAGGAGAAAAACAGGCUGCCAGCAAACAGCCUUCCACAGGAAGGAGACGUGGUGGGUAUUACAUAUGACCAUGUAGAACUGAAUGUAUAUUUGAAUGGAAAAAACAUGCAUUGCCCAGCAUCAGGCAUACGAGGGACAGUGUACCCAGUUGUUUAUGUUGAUGACAGUGCAAUUUUGGAUUGCCAGUUCAGUGAAUUUUAUCAUACUCCUCCACCUGGUUUUGAAAAAAUAUUAUUUGAACAGCAGAUCUUCUGAAUAUGUUUGUUUUGAAACUUGUAUUUCUGUACUUUGAAAAGUGUUUACUGUUUGAUAAAGCUUUACCUGAUCUAUAGAUGAAAAUAUAUUCUUAAACAUAUGCUUGUUAAUGUUGUGGAAGGAACCAGUGUAUUCAGGAUAGCACCUGAAGUUGUAAUUUAAAAUACUUAAUGUUUUGUGAUAUGGAAUCAGCAUUUUGGGUAGUUUAUUUAAAUCUUAUUUAAAUAAAUAAAACUAUGGGUUUAAUUAACAGUAUUAAGUGGAAAUAUGUAUACAGAUAUUUAAAGAGAAUCUCUCUUACAUAAAAUACUUGUUUUUAUAGAAAUGUAGAGUUGGGCAGUUUAUUUUUGUCACUCUGAUGUUUAGCCUUCAUUAAGUAUUUUAAGUCUGCAGUCGAAUAGCUUUGUGUCUUGUCCUUUUUAUACAGAGUGUAAUAAAGUGACCGAAGAUACAUUAUUGACAACCUCAUUUUUGAUGAUUCAUUUACUGUAAAAUACACCACUUUUUCAACUUUAAA